UAUCUUCGUUCCACGCGACACACACAUCUCUCUCUCUCUCUCCAUGGAUGAAGAACAACAACACACAUUCAUCUUUGAGCGUUAACCUCAUUUCAUACACACUCCCUCUAUCUCUCUCUCUCUCCCUCCUCCCACAAGAAAAGGAGGAAAAAGAAAACCGCAUCUUCUACUUUUUGCAGAUUUCUCUCUCUCUCUCUCUCCCUCUCUCUCUCUCCUUUUUGAAAUUGGUAUUGUCUUUUUGGGGCUUCAUAACAUAGCGGCAUCUGGUUUGCGAAUUGGAUCUAGAAACAUACAUGUCUUCAGGGACAUCAUCGUAUUGGUGCUACAGGUGCAGUCGAUUUGUCAGGGUAUGGAGGCACGACACUGUGGCUUGUCCCGACUGCGACGGCGGUUUCGUUGAGGAGAUCGAGCCUCCGCCACGCUCCGUCAACCUCGACGCCCGCCGCCGCAGGUUUCCCGCAGCAGCCAUGUACAUGAUUGGCCAGCGCCCCAACUCCUCCUCUGACCAAAACAAUAACGUCACCGACCACAAUAACAACUCUGCCAUCAACCGCCACGCCCUCCGCCGGACCCGCCGUAACGGCGGCGACCGCUCCCCUUUCAACCCCGUCAUCGUCCUCCGUGGUAGCGGCGGAUCCUCUGAGUCUCACGAAAACAGCAACGGCGGCGGAGGAGAGGGACGCGGGUUCGAGCUCUUCUAUGACGACGGCGGCGGCUCGGGCCUGAGACCCUUGCCGGCAAGCAUGUCAGAGUUUCUGCUGGGAUCCGGGUUCGAUCGUCUUCUAGAACAGCUGUCUCAGAUCGAGAUCAACGGUAUUGGGCGUUACGAGCACCCUCCGGCUUCAAAAGCCGCCAUUGAUUCCUUACCGACAAUCGAAAUCGAUGAGAACCACUUGGAUUUGGAAUCUCACUGUGCAGUUUGUAAAGAGGCUUUCGAGAUGGGAACUUCAGUGAGGGAGAUGCCAUGUAAGCAUAUAUACCACCCAGACUGUAUAUUGCCGUGGCUCACACUCCACAAUUCCUGCCCUGUUUGCCGCCACGAGUUGCCAUCCGAUAACCCCAGCAACAGCAGCGGUUCGCCGUCAUCGUCGGGGCACUCGGUUGCGUUGACCGAGGAUGAGAAUGUUGGGUUGACCAUUUGGAGGCUCCCCGGUGGAGGAUUUGCUGUUGGGAGAUUCUCUGGUGGGAGGAGAGGUGCUGAGAGGGAGCUUCCUGUCGUGUACACUGAGAUGGAUGGUGGCUUUAACAAUGGUGGUGAGCCCAGGAGGAUUUCUUGGUCUUCUAGAGGGACUCGAGGGCGGCAGAGUGGUGCCUUUCAGAGGUUUUUUACGAGUUUGUUUGGUUGCUUCAGUGGUAGGGGGAGCUCGUCGCGUUCUCGAACCGUGGAUCACUCUCCACACUCGAGAAGGACAUGGUCUAUGGAUGUAAACAGUGGAAUGAGGUCAUGGUGAAAGGAUUCUAUCUUGAAGAUUUCAGAUGUUGUGUUCUUUUCCCGAUGUACAUAUAUAAUGGAAUUUGAAUCCGGGUCCCAGAUGCAAUGCAAUCACACUGAAACUCUACAUCUCGCUUAUGGGGGGACACCACACAGCAAUGGCAGAAACCAAAUUAGAUGAGUGGAAUAGACGAAGGAGAACCUUUGCGGGUAUUUGUGUAAUAAUAUUUUGGAGAGGGGGACAAUCAAGUAGAUAAGUAUCUUUGAUCUAGUUUGAUUAUUGAUAAGCUCAAGAAGCACCUUCAAUAUUGUUUUUUCAUUUUCCUAUGUUGCUCAAACUCUAGUUCAUAGCUCAGUAAACUUUUUAUCAUCUUUCAGAAUAUAGAUACAUGCCAUUAUUUCGAA